AUGAAAAGAAUCAUUUUAAUACAUUUGAAUUGUUUGUAUAAAAGAUUUCAAUUUUAGAAAUUGAUUAUGUAGAAUAUUCAUAAAGCAAUUUUGGAAAACUGGGAUCUUACACACUUUGAUAAUUUUGAAAUAUUUAGAAGAGAACUAUUAAUAUAUAAUAAAUUAAUCUUCUGUUUGUUCUUUUAAGGAUAUAAUUGUUAGAUCCAUAAAUGA